AUGCUCUAUAGGCUGAUUUGUCGCUGGUGCCAGUGCUAAUCACAGUGGGGUCUGACGCCGUUCGGCCGGCAGAUGGUUACUCAUUCACAAAGUGUCCUUCCUACUCGCCACACACACGAUGGCCAACGGGUCCCAUUUCUCAAAGUUCGAACCUUACCGCGUGAAAACGGUGGAAAAGAUAAAAACCACAACGCGCCAAGAAAGAGAAAAGAUCCUGAGAGAGGCUCACAAUAACAUGUUUUAUAUAAAGGCAGAUGACGUCAUGAUUGAUUUACUGACUGAUUCGGGUACAUCGGCAAUGAGUACAGAACAGUGGUCAGCACUAAUGAGAGGCGAGGAGAGCUACGCUGGAUCGCCAAGUUACUAUCGACUUGAGAAGACCGUAAAAUAUAUCACUGGCUAUGAUGAGGUAAUGCCCACACAUCAAGGAAGGGCUGCCGAAAACAUUCUCUUCUGCAACGUCGUAAAGCAAGGUGAUAUCGCUAUCAGCAACGGAUUCUUUGACACGACAGGGGCCCAUGUUCAAAACAACGGCGGCAUUGUCAUGAAUAUACCAUCAUUUACAAAAGAAACGAUAUUCACGGACGCCAAGUUCAAGGGUAACAUUGACAUCUCUAAGCUUGCAGAGUUACUAGUGACUAACAGUUGUCGGGUAUGUUUUGUUAUAAUGACGGUGACCAAUAAUAUAGGAGGAGGCCAACCAGUUAGUAUGGCUAACAUACGAGACACUUCAGCCAUCUGUAAGCGGUACAACGUUCCUCUCUACUUUGAUGCGUGCAGAUAUGCCGAGAAUUCCUACUUCAUACAAAAAUAUGAAGAUGAAUACCGGGACAAAACUAUAGUUGAAAUCGCAAGGGAAAUGUUUUCCUAUGGAGCCGGGUGCACCAUGUCCGCAAAGAAAGAUGGCCUUGCAAAUAUUGGUGGUUACCUGGCUCUACGCGACUCCCAUCUCGCCAGAGAAUGCCGACAGGAUUUGAUAUUGAAAGAAGGAUUUCCAACGUAUGGGGGUUUAUCCGGUCGUGAAAUGGAGACUAUCGCUGUUGGUCUCAUGGAAGCCCUCGAUGAAGAAUACCUCGAGUAUCGCAUCGGACAGGUUGCUUAUUUAGGCGAACUUCUCAUCGAAGCUGGUAUUCGUAUUGUACACCCGACUGGAGGUCAUGCUGUCUACGUCGACGCCACCUCUGUACUUCCACACAUACCAUCCUUGGGGUAUCCUGGGGUGGCUCUUUGUGGUGCGCUUUUUCUGGAAGGUGGGAUACGUGCUUUUGAGAUAGGCUCAUUACUGCAAGGGAAGCAGCCGAAUGGCAGUGAAAAAGCAGUCGGUCUGGAGCUUGUCCGUCUGUGCAUACCACGGCGGGUGUAUAACCGCUCCCAUAUGAGGUACGUUGCAGAUGUUCACAAAUACGUGAAAGACCAUGCUGAGAAUUAUACCGGCCUUAGAAUAUCGUGGGAAUCGACGCGUCUGCGCCAUUUUACCGUGAAACUGGAAAAGAUCUCGAGUGAGAAUAGGAGGAACAAAUCCGACGAUAUUAAGCAAAACGGUUAUUGA